GGCAGUGUGACAGCAAGACACUAACACCUGGACUUUGUCAUGGUUCCUCACUAUAUAAGCCUUGCUACCUCUCAAGCUCACCACAAGUAUUGACAAGUGGACUCUCAGGACACUCUCAAGCCAUGAAGUUCCUCGUUGUGCUCGUCCUUGCUGCCUUCAGCGGCUGUCACGCCAAUCCCUUCUAUGCUGAUGCACCCAAGCCUCAGAUUGAAGUAUUGACUGAUGCCUUCUGGGACUACGUUGCCAAAGCCACCCAGACAGCUGAUGACACCCUGCAGAUGAUCAGGAAGUCUCAGCUUGGACAGGAUGUCAGUGCCCGUCUGACGGAAAGUGCUGACAUGGCAACCACGUACGCAUCCAGCGUCAAGGAUCAGCUUCCUCCUGUCGCCCAGGACCUGAUCGCCAAAGUCACCACUGAAGCCGACCUGCUGAAACAGCGUAUGACCCAAGACCUGAGCGCAGUCAGGGAAAGGCUGGGACCUAUGGCUGAGGACAUGAAGGCCAAGAUCGCCGAGAGAGUUGAGUUGCUGAAACAGGAGCUGGCCCCCUAUGCCGAUUCCCUGGACACCGAGAGCCUGAAGAACACCCUGGUUCAGAGGAGCGACGAGCUGAGGACCACCCUGGAGCAGAGCAUGAAGGAUAUGCAGACACAGCUGGGCCCAUACACCGAUGACCUGAAGGCCAAGGUUGACCAGCGUCUGCAGGAAUUCAAGGAUCACGUGAUUCCUCUGACCGAUAAAGUCCAGAGUGAGAUGGCCCAGAGAGCCCAGCAGGUGAAGGAAAUGGCCGCCCCCUACGUCGAAGGUCUGAGGGACAAUCUGAACCCCUACACUGAGGACCUCCAGGCUCGCCUCAUCUCCCUGUACGAGUCCUUUGUCAAAUCCAACUAAGUCUUGUCCCAGUCAUGUUUCGUUGAAAUGAACUUAACACAAGAAGCAAACAUCCACGCUGUCAAGAAUCAAAUUCACCAACGAGGUCCACAGCUGUUCAAAUCCAUCGUGGUCUAAGACCACACUGUGUUCUUUCCAACAUACCAGAAAUAAAGUUGAAACAUGAGAAUGAA